GUUAAUAUUCAAGGUUGUGUUUACAAUGUCCAUAGGGCCUGAUUAUAUAGGGAGAGGGGAAGGGAAAAAUACAUAAUACAUUGAGUGUGAACAUGAGGAAGCUUCCUAGCAACAUCCACUUCCAAAGUGUAGUGGUGUGGGUUAGCAAUGUAGCUACUAGGGCAUAUCCUGGGGUGGGGACGGGGGUAGGGGGUACGGGGGUAAGAGGGUCGCAGAGGGGUAGUGUAGUGUCGCAUGUGCGUUUCGGCUCAUGGAACAUAGGGACCCUCACGGGUAAGUCGAUUGAGUUGGUGCAAGUUCUCAAGAGGAGAAGGAUUCAGGUGGCAUGCGUGCAAGAAACCAGGUGGGUGGGCACUAAAGCGCGAGAGGUUGAUGGUUUCAAACUGUGGUAUUCAGGUUCAGCUAGGGGAAGGAAUGGAGUCGGCAUUCUGGUGGUGCCGGAGCUGCGGGAGUUUGUGGUGGAGGUGAAGAAGAUUAGUGAUCGUCUAAUGUUUAUGAAGUUGGUUUUGGGUGGCUGUGCGAUCAAUGUCGUGAGUGCUUACGCCCCGCAUGUUGGCCUGGCAGACGAAGUAAAGAGGGAGUUUUGGGAUGCCUUGGAUGGGGUGGUUGUUGGUUUUCCACUGAACGAAAAAGUCGUCAUUGGAGGCGACUUCAAUGGCCAUAUUGGAGAAUCGGGCGAUGGCUUCGAGGACGUGCACGGUGGUUUUGGCUUUGGUAGCAGGAACCCAGCGGGAGUUUCACUCUUGGAGUUUGCCAGAGCAAGUGAUUUGGUGGUUGCUAACUCGUGUUUCCCUAAACGAGACGACCAUUUGGCUACAUUUGUAAGUGGAGUGGGGAAGACACAGAUCGACUAUCUUCUCUUGCGCAGGUGUGAUCGGGUGCUCUGCAAGGAUGCUAAAGUAAUUCCGAGUGAAAACGUCACUACCCAACACAAGCUUCUCGUGAUGGAUGUGAUCAGGUGGGAGAAGCAUAGGAGAGCUUUGAGUGGCAACACACAAAUCAGGUGGAGGAAACUAAGUGCGGAGAACAUCGCUGAGUUGACCAAGCGAGUGCAGGAGAAAGGUGCGUGGGAAUCGACCGGAGAGGCUACAGAUAUGUGGGUGCGGACGGCUAGCUGCAUCAGGGAAUCAGCCUGGGAAGUGUUAGGUUUGAGCUCUGGCUCUGGGAGUAGGCAUCGGGGUGAUUGGUGGUGGAGCGAUUCAGUCCGAAGUAAGGUGGAAGCUAAGAAGGUGGCGUAUUUGAGGUACAUGGGCUGCAAUGUUGAGGAGGAAAGAGCGGCGUUACGAGUGGAGUACAAGAAAGCACGCAAAGAAGCUAAGUUAGAGGUAACGAGGGCAAAGAAUGCCGCUUUUGAACGCCUCUACAAGGAUAUUGAGGAGAAAGGCAGUGUUAAUCCACUGUUCUGGCUUGCUAAAGUGUGCGAGAGGAAGGCCCGAGAUCUAGACCACGUGAGAUGCGUGAAGGACAGCGAUGGUAGAGUGUUAGUUGAGACUGCCAAGGUGGCUAAGCGCUGGGGGGAGUACUUUAGUGAACUCUUAAAUGCGGGAGGAGACCAGAGGCUAGUUCUUGAUGAGUUGGGACAUCAGGGGGCCUCUCGUGUGUAUUGCCGACGCAUUUGCUUGGAAGAGGUGGUUCGGGCUCUCCGCGUGAUGCGUAGUGGGAGAGCUUUGGAACCAAAUGAGAUUCCAGUGGAGUUUUGGAAGCAUGCGGGUCGUGGUGUGUGGGUUUGGUUAACCAAACUCUUCAAUGUUAUCCUCCGGACAGCAAGGAUGCCUGAUGAGUGGAGGGAGAGUCUUUUGGUCCCUCUGUUUAAAGGCAAAGGUGACAUUCAGAGCUGCGAGAAUUACAGAGGCAUCAAACUGCUUAGCCACACCAUGAAGGUUUGGGAGCGAGUCAUUGAGUAUAGGGUGCGGAAAGGGGUUUGCAUCUCGGAGAACCAGUUUGGUUUUAUGCCUGGCAGAUCGACUACAGAGGCCAUUCAUCUCGUGAGGAGGUUAAUGGAAGAGUAUAGGGCUAAGAAGAAGGACCUUCAUAUGGUGUUUAUUGAUCUUGAGAAGGCGUAUGAUAGGGUGCCAAGGGAGGUCUUAUGGAGGUGCCUUGAGGCUAGAGGAGUUCCCAUCGUGUACACUCGCGCGAUCAAGGAUAUGUACGAUGGGGCUAUGACUAAGGUAAGGACUUUCGGGGGCGUCUCAGAUUCUUUCUCGGUAGGGAUGGGGCUGCACCAGGGGUCUGCCCUUAGCCCUUUUUUAUUCGCCUUGGUGAUGGACGUCCUAACUCAAGGUGUUCAAGACGGGGUCCCAUGGUGCAUGCUUUUCGCGGAUGAUAUUGUGCUUAUCGACGACACGCGUGAGGGACUAAACGACAAGUUGGAAUUAUGGCGUCUUGCCCUUAAGACUAAAGGAUUCAGAAUAAGUAGGAAUAAGACUGAAUACAUGGAAUGUCGUUUCAGCGGCCGGGAUACAGAAUCAGAGGUGGAAGUCCGGAUUGACUCUCACCUAGUACCUAAGGUAGACAUGUUUCGAUAUCUUGGCUCGGUAAUUCAGGCAGAUGGGGAGUUAGAUGCGGAUGUUGGACAUCGGGUUGGAGUGGCUUGGGCCAAAUGGCGGUUAGCUUCAGGGGUGUUGUGUGAUCCGAAUAUUUUGCCUAGAAUGAAAGGUAAGUUCUAUCGAUCCGUAGUCAGACCUGCUAUGUUAUAUGGGGUAGAGUGUUGGGCGGUUAAGAAGACUCAUGUGCGUCGUCUGCAUGCGGCGGAGAUGCGAAUGUUACGAUGGAUGUGUGGGAAGACAAGGUUGGACAGGAUUUCGAACGAAGUUAUCCGACGUCAGGUAGGUAUGCCACCGGUGGAAGACAAGUUGCGGGAAGUGAGAUUGAGAUGGUUUGGCCAUGUGAGACGACGGGAUGCUGACGCCCCUGUACGGAGAUGCGAGAGGAUUACGGUUAUCGGGGGAAGAAGGGGAAGGGGUAGACCUAAGAAGAAUUGGGAGGAGGUGAUUAGGCAGGAUUUAGGACUUCUCGACCUGACUGAGGAUAUGGCCCUAGAUAGGAACCUUUGGAGAACUAGGAUUAGAGUAGCUGGAUAGGAGCUAGUUGUUGUAGAGUGUUUCUCUUGUUCCAAAUUGUUGGGUGUUCUGAGCAAUCAAGUUAAAAAGCUCCCUAGCUUGAGUAGGGGUUUUGUUAACAAGGGCUCCUCCACUUGCAGCAUCUACAUUAUUCCUAUCAGUGGGGAGGAGUCCUUCAUAAAAAUAUUGAAUCAACAAUUGUUCAGAAAUUUGAUGUUGUGGGCAUGAAGCACAAAGCUUGUUAAACCUCUCCCAAU